AUGGCCCCACAGCCAUCCUCACACAUUUUCCAGAAGCUCAAGCUCGAUACCUCGGCGCCCCACAAGCGGGUUGCAUCGACUUUUGAUUCGAUCCCGCGACCUGAGUCUGCGCAAAAUGGCCAUGCGCAGUCGCAGGAGGAGCUCGACCACAUCGAUGGGCACAAGAUCACCGACGGCCCGUUCAAGGCGCGCCAUCACAACGGAUCCCAUGGGCACAUAGGCACCUACGAUGGCGGCGUUGGCCUGUCGCUGGGGCGCACUGCUAGCAACGAGAAGGCCAUGGAGGAGAUGUUUAGGCGGCGAAAGACAUCAAUCAGUUUCGACAAUGAGGUCCAGCUCGACACUGGCGACCGCGUUGGUCUUGAGGUCCCCGUCCCGAAGCCGCUACCACGGAACGCGUCUCCGUCCUAUACGCCUGAAGAUGGCAGCUACUCUGAGGGCGAAUACCUUGAGAUGCCCUUCAAUCACCGUCGAGCGCUCUCGCGAAAAACCAGCAACGGCCAAGGGCGCUACCCUCUCCUCCAAUCUACCGUUGAUGACAUGGCCAAUGAUGCUGAGUACAACGACCAAGUCGCAUCCCUCACAUCUGAAGCAACCGCCUCGCCCCUAGAAGAAGCGCGUACGCCAAUCGAGACACCGAGCCAGUACAUGCUCUCGCCGUUGCCUGCCACAAGCUCGCCAUUGGAGUUUCCGCUGUUCUCGCCGAUGAGCCGUGGGCCUACGAGGAACAGAAGCUUCCGAACCGAGAUCAGCGAGGAUGGCAGUUUGCGACGGGCUAGUCGGCGGUCGUCCAAUCGUUCUGGACGCUCUUUGUCGUCCAUGUCGCCUGCUGCUUCCUUCCUCGCGCGCUACAAGGCUACAGAAGCACCACUGAAAGAGCCUCAGCCGGACGAUGAGGGCCAGGGGCUUGGAUACGACAACGAGUACAUCAUUGGCAAGCAGAUUGGCUACGGUGGUUUCAGCAUUGUCAAAGAGGUGAUGAGCAUGGAAAAUGGCAAGCCGGUGAUAGAUGCGGUGAAGAUUGUACGCAAGCAGCAGAGCAGCAAAUCCGAAUUCGAGAACGAGGCGCUUCAGAGCCAAUUCGACCACGAGGUAGAGAUGUGGCGCUUCCUGCGACACCCAUACAUCCUGCCACUCAUCAAGGUUUACACCACCGACUAUGCGACGUUCUGCAUUACGAAGCUGAACAAAGGUGGUACUUUGUUUGAUCUGAUUCGUGACACACGGCGACAGCAGAAAUGUGGUCUACCGAAGCAUCUGGUCAAACGCUACGCUUACCAGUUGGCAUCGGCGAUGCGCUAUCUACACAACGAUGUUUACGUCGUUCACCGCGACGUCAAGCUGGAAAAUUGUCUUGUAGACAUGACUGUACCCAAUGCGGCAACCGAAGGCGGUGACGUCCUGCUGUGUGACUUCGGCAUGGCAGAUUUUAUUGUUCGAGACGACCGAGACGGCCCGGAACCACAUUCUAUUGGGCAAAACCAGAACAUUGGCCCAGCUGAUACUAGCACGUCAGUUCAGGGGAGUCUGCAGUAUGCUGCACCUGAGCUUUUCAACGCCACCGGCGCGGUCAUGUUCUCUCCAGCGGCAGAUGUUUGGGCAUUUGGUGUCGUGCUUUACGCGCUGCUCACCGCCACUCUACCCUUCAAUGAAGGGCUUGAUGCGAAGACGACCGACAAAAUUUUGAAAGGCACAUGGGAUCAGGAGCUCGUACGCACUGCAGAGGCAUUGCAGGACGGCAGUGCGGAAGACGCACUGACUCUGCUGAAGGGCUGCCUUGAAAAGGAUGCCGAACAACGCUGGAACGUCUCGGACAUUCUCAAAAGUGACUUUCUGGGCGACUGCGCCAAGCAGUACGAGGGAGUCUCGCGCUCCUGGGUGCCUGCAGAUUGA